GUUGUUUGCAAAUUCACUGUCAAAAAAUUAUUUUUGCAUUCAAUUUCUCAAUUUUCAAUGGAACAAGAGACGAAAUUUUGUAUGUGUUUUUACACUUUUUUUUAAAUAAUGGAGAAUAAAAUUUUCAAUAACUUCCAUAAAAUGGAAUUUUUUCCAUUCAAUAUUUAUUUGAAGUCUUCAUUUUCAAAACAUCAAUGAUAAAAAAUUGUCGUACGAUUUGUAUAUGAAACGCCGCAAUCAAAACAAUAGUUUUAGUUCAAGGGAGGAAAAAUGCAGGAAAAUAAAUUUCAAUAGAAAAAGGAAAAAAAUUGUUAAUUAUCAAUCUAAACAAAAAUUAAUGGAUUCAAUAAAUAUUUGCACCAUUUUAAACAAAUUCAAUUUAAAAUGGAAGAAAAUUUUCCUAACCUCCCUCGUGGUAUUUACAAUUAUUUUGAUACCAACGAUUGUUGGCGUUUUUAAUACAAAUCAAGAUGAAAAAUUAAUUCCUCCUGAUCCCGAAUAUUCACAACCACCAUCGUGGAGUGUAUUGAGAAAAUUUAAAAAAGCCGCUGUUUGCGCCGAUGGACCGCCUUGUGCAUUAAUUGGAAAGACAAUAUUAGAAAAAAAUGGAUCGGCAGUCGACGCAACAUUGGCGGCAAUGAUCUGCAAUGGCUUUAUAAAUAUGCACAGUUUGGGAUUUGGUGGGGGAUUUUUCAUGACAAUUUACGAACGAAAAUCGGAAAAGGCUUUUGUUUUGGACGCAAGAUAUUCGGCUCCGGCAGCAGCGCACAAAUUUAUGUUUCAUGAUAAGUCCGAUAAUGCCUCGAAAACCGGCAGUUUAUCGGUGGCUGUACCAGGAGAACUAGCGGGUUACUGGGAGGCUCAUAAACGAUUUGGAAAUUUGCCCUGGGCAGAAUUAUUCGAACCAAGUAUUGAAAUUUGCGAUAAUGGUUAUAAUUUGACAAAAUCCCAGUAUAAAGGUCUUCAGGAGGAUAAUUUCAAUAUUCACGAUGAUCCUACUCUCAAGGAAAUGUUCAUUGAUCCUGAGACGGGCGAACUUCGAAAGCCGGGUUCAAUAAUAAAGCCAAAAAAAUUAUGCGAAACAAUGCGAUUAAUUGCUAAAGAAGGUGUAAAUAUUUUCUACAAUGGUUCAUUGGGACUUAAACUUGUUGAAGAUUUAAAGCAAAGAGGUGGAAUUAUCGAGAUGAAGGAUCUCAAUGAUUACAGAGUAAAAUGGAGGGAGCCAGCGAGUACAAUUCUUUCUAAUGGAAUAAAAGUUUAUUCCUCGGGUGUUCCAGGCGGCGGGGAUAUUCUUAUAUUUCUUCUCAACAUUUUUGAUAAUUUCCAUUUCACAAAGGAGAGCAUUGCUGACAUUAAUUCUUCGAUAGUCACAUUUCAAAAUAUGAUAGAGGCAUUUAAAUACGCUUACGCAUUUCGAACAAAACUCGGUGAUUCCGAUUUCGUCGAUUUAACGCAAUUGAUUAGAAAGUUGCAAUCGAAGGAGUUCGCUAAAUUGCAUUGGGAAAAAAUCAACAGCGAGAGAACAUGGAACGAUCCAUUUUAUUAUGGUUUUGAAGAUAGUGGAAAUUUUAAUGAUCAUGGAACAUCACAUAUAUCAGUAUUUGCACCAAAUGGUGAUGCUGUUUCCAUUACCAGUACUGUCAAUCUUUAUUUUGGAAGUGGAAUCGUAAGCGAACAAACUGGAAUUCUCCUCAACAGUGGAAUGGACGAUUUUGGCCUCGAAUCAAAAUUCAGUUAUUUUGGAAUUCCACCCAGUCAAAGUAAUCUCAUUGAACCUGGAAAAAGACCAUUGUCAUCAAUGUCGCCAACAAUUUUAAUUGACAGCAAUAAUAAUGUCAAAAUGAUCAUUGGCGCUGCUGGCGGUACAAAAAUAACAACUGCAAUUGCUUUUGUGAUUGCGAGAUUUUUGUGGAUGGGAAACACACUGAAGGAAGCAGUGGACGCGGCAAGAAUUCAUCAUCAAUUAUUUCCAAUGAAAUUAAUUUACGAAUAUGGAAUCGAAAAAUUAAUAAUUGAGGGUUUAAAAAAAUUGGGACAUCAUACAAUGAGAUAUAAAAAUCACGCAAGCAUUAUUUCCGCAAUUACGAGAGAAAAUGAGACUAUUUUUGCAAAUGCAGAUUACAGAAAAAGUGGCGAUGUUUAUGGAAUCGAUUGAAAAAAAAAAUUGUAAAUAAAUUUUUUACUUUCAAAAAAAAAAUUUUUUUUUAUUAAAACUGACGAUAAUUA